AACAUUUCUCCUAGACGACUCCACUGAUCGCGGAUCUAACCAACAACAAGAACGAAAAUGGCCAGGAAUUCUUUAUCCAAUUACUUUUGACAUUCUUACGAAUCUUGAAAAAAAAAAUCUCCUUUAAAUCUCCACGACUCAGGACUCUUCUGCCACUCUUCUUCCUCCUUCCUUUCCCGUUCUUAAAAAUCUCACCUUUAAAUCUCGCAAAAAUGGAGCUUUCUUCCGUCCGAACGGGAAAGGAGCCAUUUUUCUCCGGCGCGGUGAUUCCCCCGGAGGUGGGUUUCUCGCACGCCGCCGGCCUGCCGGAAAAGGGGAAAGAUGGUGGCGGAGCAAAGAGACGCAGAGCAGAGCACAGCUCCGGCGAUCACCGGGAACAGGACAGCGGGAAGAAUUCCUCGCCGCCGGAGCCUCCCAAGGACUACAUCCACGUCCGAGCGAGGAGAGGGCAGGCCACCGACAGCCACAGCCUCGCCGAGAGGGUGAGGAGAGAAAGGAUCAGCGAGAGGAUGAAGCUCCUGCAAGGUCUCGUCCCCGGCUGCAACAAGAUUACCAGCAAAGCCCUCGUGCUCGAUGAGAUCAUCAACUACGUGCAGUCACUGCAGCGACAAGUCGAGUUCUUGUCCACCAAACUUGCAGCCUACAUGGAGACUCUCCUCGAUCAAAAUAUCGAUCAGGGAGAUGCUUAUCCAAGAAUGCAGCUUGAAUAUCCUUACCUCGAUGGAUUCACAGAUGCUCUCUCUCAGGUCAGUGAUUCGUGGGACGAUGAACUCCAGAGAGUUGUUCAGAAUUGGAAGAGUUCUUACUGAGCUCUUGUCGAUCGGAUUAGGGUUGGUUUCUGUAAAUACAUGCACCGUUUUGAGGGAUUAUGGUGCUGCUGCUUAGGUUUGUAAUGGAGAAAAGGGGGGUAGGUCAUAUGUGAGUCGAUUGUUGAACGUAGAGAGGUUUAAGUGGUUGUUUAAGUUGACACAAACGAAAGAACAGUUGCUUGGUCUAGUGGUAAGUUUAUUGAAUUUAAAGACUUUCAGUUCAAAUUCAUACGAUAA